CUGUCGCUGCAGCACGUUCAGCAUCUGAUUCUCCCACUGACGUUUCUGCGUUCAUAGCCGAAUCAUGAGUAAGAACUCCAUCAGCACUGACCAGGAGCUGCGUAAAGGCGAGUCCCUCGUCAGUGUAAAUGGAAACUUCAAAGCCAUCCUACAGGAAGAUGGCAACUUUGUCGUCUACAAGUGGUCUCCUAUCUGGGCCACAGCCACAAACGGCAAAAACCCUGCGCGGCUCCUCCUGCAGGGGGAUUCCAACCUGGUCCUGUACACCCAGGACGAUAAACCAGUUUGGAGCUCUGGAACCGUUAAACCCGACAACAGGACCAUGCGCCUGACCCUGACCAACGAUGGUCGUCUGGUUGUUACAAGGAAUGGAGCACAAAUCUGGUGCUCUUAAAGCUCACGAUGUCAUUCAGAGAUCCAGACUAAAGGCGUGAUGUCCUGAGAGCCGCGCGCUCUGUUUCACAUCCGAAUAAAAGCUCUGUGAUGU